CUGUUGCUUUCUUUCGAGUAGGAGGGGCUCUACGUGACCCACAGUCCAUCGGCUCCAACCCCUUGCCCCGGAAGCGGAAAGAGAGCUCCCUUAACGAUUGUUGCAGCGCCUAAAACGGAGGGGGAGAGUUUGGCUUAUAGCAUCUCUUCAUGGCUAGCGUGUCCCGCGCCUUCCUAAUCUUUGGUGGGUUUGCCGCCCUAGUGGGGGCGACGUUGUAUCCCAUCUACUUCUGGCCCCUGGAGCACGUCGAGGAGUACAAAAAGCAGCAAGCAAUAAAUCGAGCUGGUGUUAUACAAGAAGACAUUCAGCCCACAGGAUUAAAAGUGUGGUCUGAUCCAUUUGGAAGAAAGUGAAGACUUCUCUGCUUGUGAUUUCAAGAAAGAAUGUAUUUUCCUUUGUUCCAUCAGUGAUUCUCCAGGUUAACUAAGAUAAUGCAGAAAAAGGACUCUGCAUGUUAGUUUGUUUAUCAGUAUCAGUUUACAGAACAGUAGAGGCUGCUGGCUGUCAAGGGUUAAAGCCUGCUUUCCCCCCAGUGACCUAGUAGUAAAAACAAAACUGCACUGUAUGUUUUCUAAUUAAGCAAAUAGAAUAAUUGUGUUUUUCUUCAUUGAAAGAAUGGAAGAGAAUUGAUUUGGUGAAUAUCGAUUGGACAUGACCAGUGUAGAUGAUGCAACUGUUUUUCUAUAAAUGUGUAUUGAAUAAUAAAGUCUUAAAAACAGUUAACCAGGACUAAGAAUUUGGAAAAUGGUACCAUUGUAUAUCUAUACAUUGUAUCUUAAUUCAAAUAGAAUGUAGAGCCCUGCUAUUUAUCUCUUUUAUUAAUGAGGGCAGAAUGGAUCAUACAAAUAUGAAUCUGCUUCUGAUGCAAAGAUGGCUUACUUGAAUGUAAGUCCUAUUGAAAUUAUUGAGAGUGUUCUUCCACCAAUAACUUUCAAGUAAAUAUAUUGUAGUGCCUAACUUUAACAGAGAGGAGAGUUUUUUCCCAGUGAAAAGGCAAACCAUUAUUUGCUUUGUUUCCAUGUAUGUGGGUGUUUUGAAUUAUGUACAUCAAUUAUAUUUUAUGUAGAAAUAAACUGCAGUAUCUGAA